AUGCCUGUGAUGGUUACAGCUGUCCUUCCUUCUGCUUCCCCUGCUUCCUCCCUUUCCACCUCUGCCGCCACUGCUUCUGCCUUCGUCCCCUCCUCUAUCUCUGUGGUUCCAACCACCUCGUCUGCCUUUGCUCCUUCAUCAGUCUCUGGGCAAGUUUUGUCCUCGGGGGUAGUUGCGGCCUCUAGGGUGGAAUCAGGUUCUGGCGCGGUACUGUGGGGUGUGAGUGGCUCUAGUGCGGUUCUUGAGCGGCACGAAGAAGGAGGAGUGGCAGGGCAUGAGAUGGGGCAUGAUUUGGGGGAAGGCGUGUAUCUCCCAAUGACCCUCGACUCCCCCCCCCCACCGCCACUCUCUGCCGCCCGCCAGGGGCCUGUGAGGCGGCUGUUUGGGGAUAGUGAGAGCACGGCAGGGGACGCAGGCGCAGGGGGCUUGGGGGGCAUGGGGAUGGGGGAUCGUGUGGGAGGCGUGGGAGGAAUUGAAGCAGGAGGAAUGGGAGCAGGAGGAGUGGUUGGGUUUUUCGGGGACAAUGCGAUUAUGGCAGGGGAUGUAGACAGUGAGGGUUGCAUGGCUAUGGUGAAUGGUGUGGAGAUCGGCUCUAGUGAUGGUGUGGGUUACUAUACUGGUCACUGGCGAGCCUUUGUUCCUUCCUCUGCCUCCUCUCUGCCCUCUAACCAUCCCUCACUUCCCUCGUCCCAUUCCUCCCAUUUCUCCUCCUCUCACUCCACUCUCUCCUCCUCUCUCUCCACCCCUCUCUCCUCUUCACACUACACUGUGCCAUCCGCCCCUCUCCGCUCCACCUCCCCUGCCUUCACCCCCUCCAAGCUCUCACUUCAUUCCGCCCCCUUCACCCCUUCCUCUGCCUUCAUAUCCCCACCACCUCCCCACACACGCCCAUCUGUGGCCUUCCCCACUGCUCCCUCUGCUGCUGCUGUCACUUUUGCCAAAACUACUGUCUCUGCCACUGCUGCUUCUGCCACUGCUUCACCUGCAGCAAAACAUGCACCUUUUGCUUCAGCAAGUGCUCCCAGCACUCCUGCUGCAAAGGCAGGACCACCGGCAGCAGCAGCAGCAGCAGCAACAGCAGCAACAGCAACAGCAACAGCAGCAGCAACACCGGCAUCGGCACCGCCAGCAGCAGCAGCAGCAGCAGCAGCAGCAAUGGUCUCCUCAAUCUUCAAGCAGGAUGGGACGAAUCCUGCUGGCACAUCGUUGAGAGCAGGCGCAGAGGAAUGGCUGGGACCACAGAGUGUAGCAGCAGAGGUUUCUGGUGGGAUGGAGGAGUGGCAGGGGCAGCAGAGUGCAGGGCUGAGAGUAUCUGGUGUGCCAGCAGGAGCAGGAAUGAGCAGUAGCAGUGGGUACGGACGUGGGGGGUAUGGAAGCGGAACCGACGUGAUGUCAGCUGGCAUGGCAGCAGGACCGACGGCAGCAGGCACGGCAGCAGGCACGGCAGCAGGUAUGGUGACGGGCGUGGCAGCAUACGAGCCUAGUGGUUCAGCAGGAAUGCAAUCAGGCAUGGCAGUUUUAGCUGGUCCGGAUGUCUGGUCCGGGGCUGCUGUUCAUGGUUCGGAAGCUGCAGCUGGCUGGAGUUCCCUGGAAGGGUAUGCAGGUUCGGCAGGUCCUUGGGCAGGUAUGGGAGGACAUGCUGGUCCGGGCUUGUGGUCCGGUACAAGUGAUGGUGUGGCAGGUGGUGGUGCAGUUGUAGGGGGGGUAGUGGGAGGAAUGUGGGGAGGGAUGGGGGAAACGGGUGUGCAUGGUAUGGCUGUUGGCAUGGUGCCGGGAGGAAUGAUGAUGGGUGGGUAUGGUAUGCAUGUGCAUGGGGUUGGGGAGGAGGAGGGGGGCUUUGAUGGGAGUGGUGGGGGGGGAGUUGCUCCCUUGCAUUGUCCUGUAUGCCACGUCAAGGGGCUUCUUGUAGUCUGCAUUGCGCUCCUCCUUGCGACUUCCGCGACGGCGCAGCGUGGACCGCCUGGCGGAGGCCCUCCCGGAGGCCAGCAGCCCGGGGGGGCGCGCGGAGGACCUGGCAGGUCUGGCGGACCCGGCGGGCCUGGCGGGCCUGGCGGGCCUGGCGGGCCUGGCGGGCCUGGCGGGCCUGGCGGGCCUGGCGGGCCUGGCGGGCCUGGCGGACCUGAUGGCCCGCGCGGUCCUCCGCUGAACUUGACGGUCGUCGGCAAUCUGACGGGGGACGUUGGUGCGCGAUUGGCUAACUGCUCCGCGGACCCAACAUUUCUCGACGGCCACUUUCACCUCGCCAUCUUCAAGAACGCGAGCGGAAAUUACAACCUGGCGGUCGACGCGCUCCUCGUUGGCGCCACGGGCGGGCCGCCCGACUCCCUCGCGAUCGUGCAAGGCGCCGUCUGUGACUCUUCCGCCUCCGCCGCCGCGGUUCCAUCCCAAAAUUACAAAAGGAUGGGUUGGUCGCAUGUUGCUGCGAGGCUCGCUCACCUAGUAGGACCUUUUCGUGAAGACGAUUGCUCCCUAGUGUUAGCAAUGUCUGUAUUGGGUGAAUGUGUAUUUGUACUGCUGUAA